AUGGCACAACCAGAAACACCUGCAAGCGCAUCGCGAAAUUCUAUCAUUUCACCUCUUGCAGGAGGUAUGACCACUGCUCAAUUGGAGCAAGUGUUACAGAGAACUCCUCAAAUGACUAGAUUCAAUCCUUUGAGAAGACAUCUUCGGGCGCCUAAAACUCCCAAUUCUCGUAUUUCCAAAAGUGAAAUCAUCGCUAGUGAAGACGAAGCAGCGACCACAUCACCGCCAGCCCCGAUCGUGCAACCACCGGAAUCUCUAACUGGCGAGGCUAUAGGAGAUAAAGGCAAAGAAGGAUCUGUUGCUACCGGAGGGGAUAAUGUUGAUCAAGGGACUUCAAAAUCUAUUGAUACUCUGCGUCCGUCCUCCCACGAGAAUAUUUCUCAUUCAAAGCAACUAUGUGAACCAUUACCCAAGAGGUUUUUGAGAACAAUCGCGAAGCGCAAAAAGUUCCGGAGGGAGCAACGUAUCGCAUCCAAACUCGCUACUUCACUCCUUGCCGAAGAGCCAUCGAGCACAUCGUCCCAGGGAAAGAAAGACGAUGAAAAAGCAGCCUUAUCUCGCAAUGGAUCUGGUAGCCCGGUCGAAUCAAAUACGCUGUUCGAAAAUCCUGACCCUCUGAACGAUGAAACAUCCGAUGGCAGUCAAGAAUCUACCAGUCUUGAAGAACUCAUUCGAACAACUUCACGCACACACAAUUCACAGCCUUCAAGUGAUCCUGAGGUCAGGGACAUCAGUUUUUCAUUUGGUGCUCCGCGGCUGGUUCGAAACGCAAUUAUGGGCUCACACAAAAGGGACACUAACAAUAAUAAUCUCGAUGACCUUGAGAUCGAUAUUCUUGGAUUGUCUCAUGCUACUCAUUCAUCUGAUUGUACGCCUGACCCUAGCGGCUCAGAGGAUGCCCCCAUUGACCAUACAUCUCGAAAGGGUGGUCGUCCAAGCCCAAAGAAACAGCAGAAGAAAAGGGUGAAUAAGAGAUCUCGAAGAGUUCCAGUGCACGAGUUGCACUUAGUGUCUGAGAGAGUGGCGGAAUUUAGUCAGGAGACAGAUGAUGAGAAUGUGGAGCCUUCAAAUGAAAUCCUAGAUGACCCAAUCUCUCAAGACUCUUCCGAUGCCCUAAAGAUUAUACAGAGUGUUGGGCGGACAAAGGGCGAGAAAAAGGGUUUUCAGACAUACCAUGGCGCCUUUGGAAAGAUUGAUAACAAAGCCUUUCGGUUCCCAGAUCGUUACCACACAUCUCCUCGGGCAGAAUCAAGCAAUCGCCGUGAGUUGAGCUCGUCUCAUUCUGAUGGUUUCGUGGGAGCUGAAGCAAAUCCGACUGGCAGAUGUAUGCUGCUACCCAAGAAAAAAAGUGCUUGCAUAAAUAUAUGGGGACUGACUGCCCAAGUAGCACAAUUAGAGUUGGUUCGCGAAAAGGCCCACGAGCCAGUCGAUGAGCUAAACGCCCAAGCUGAAAGAAGAGUUCCAGCGGAAAAAACCAAGAGGCGUCUAAAGAAGAAAGCUACACUCAGUGCGUCGGUAAUGAUCGAACUCGAGUCUCAAGCAAAAAAAACGGGGGAAAGUCCACAAGAUGACCAGGAUAGCCAAAGUCGUGAAGACCGUGAUGCCAAUCAAGAUGAUCAACCAAUUCAUGGGCAUCUUUCUGGCGAUGGACUGAUUUCGGUCGCAGAAGUUAAAUCCCCGCUGCCGCCCACUAGGAAAGGGUCUCGAAGAGUCACCUUUGAUGAAAAAGUCGAGAUUGACCGGCGUGUUAGAAUACCUUCUUCAGACUGUGAGAAUCUUGACGAUUGUUUCGAGGUUAGGAGAAGAAAAAAAUCUUCUGAUUCUGCAGUUUGGCUCAAUAUGGAGACGGUCCGCUUGAAAAGGUGCCACGACGAAGAUAGCGAGGAAGAUAGUGAGGAUGAUGUGCUAUCUAUCAAUGAAUCGGAACGAAGUGUCAUCAGUAUCGCAAGUGAUAAUGAUGAGAUGGAAGAAAGCGACGGAUCUGGUUACGACAGUGAUGAAGAGAUGGGCGACGAAGAAGAAGACGAAGCUGAAGACCAAAAUGAAAAUGAACAUGAGAACGAGGAAGAGAGUGGAGAAUGCUUCGAUGUGCUAGGAGUCCAUGGAAAACAAUCAGAUGAAUCAAUUGACGGAAUUAUCCUCUCCAUUGAAGACGAAUCGCGCGAAGAAAAUCAACAGGGCAACGGAAAGGAUGACGACAGAGAUGACUUUUAUGCUUCUGAAAAAGAUGCAAUUCUCAACAAUCCAGUGGGUGGAGAAGAAGAAAUCACCGGGGUGUUUGUCUCAGAAGGCUUGGUUAGCAACAAGGAAAUUUCUCCGAUUGACGAAUUGAUAGUGCAAGAAUCACAAACGACAAGAACUGAAGAUAACAAGAACAGCCAGGCAUCACAGCUAUCAAUUACCAUGAGUUUGCAAACUACCACACAAGCAUUAAAGUUACCAGAAGCCGGUGGUUGGAGAAUUCGAAAGCCAAAGCCAAGCGAUGUUAUGAACGAGACGCAAGAGGACAUCUUUGAUAGUUCAAGCCCGAUUUCAACAAUCAUCAAAAGGAAGUCGACCGGUCUGCAUACGCGUAGACGGACAAUAUUUCGGAGUAGACCUCUAACCCUUACUGUUGAUAGACCUUCUACGCCACCUAGCCCUGAAAUUCCAGAGACUCAAAUUGCGACACCUCAGAUACCAGAAGCACGAUUGAUUGCAGUUCGCGAUAUUUCUCCUGAGCUUGGGGAACCGCAACCAUCCAAUACACCUGGUGAGUUCGACAGAUUCAUACUGGACGCACCGCCUCCCACCAGCCAUGGGCAGUCGCUUCAUUCUUCUCAACUUUCAUUCAUACCAGAUGAGAUUCCGGACGAAACUUACUUUUGUCGAGCUUCUCAGGUACUGGAAGAACAUAAAACACCUAUGUCUAGAAGCAAGUCAACCCCAGGUCGCUUCUAUAUCGAUCACUUCAAGAGCAUUGCGAAUCCCACUCAUGCCCAGCCAAACACCGAGACUACGGGGAGCGAGGCAUCUACUCCGAGAAUGUCGCCCAAGUUCUCACAACAGUCGUACCGACCCACGCCUAGGUCAGAAAAAAGCUUAAGUCGUCUUACGCGACAGGCCAGUUCUGCUUUAGGGACUUUGCCAGGCUCUGCUAGAAAGAGAACAAAAACUUUACCAUUCAAACCGCCAUUCAAAAAGCCAAUCUUGAAGAUUUAG